AAACUACCACCACUACAUAUAACAUAUUUCAUCACCUAUAAAAUGAGAAAAAUUUCUACCAUAUCAUCAUAAAAACUUACUACAAUAACUAUUAAGAAAUAAAGAAAGAACAAACCCUAAUCUUAAUUUAUAUAAUCGAUGGCGAAGAGUUUUUUCGGUGUGAAAUUUCUUUGUGUGGCAAUUAUGGUGAUGGUUAUAGCCGCACCAGUCGUAAAUGGAGACAUUACUUGUUCACAAGUUAAUAACAUCCUCUCUUCAUGUGUAAACUACCUUAGAAAUGGUGGUUCUGUCUCGACGAAUUGUUGCAACGGUGUCAAAUCGCUAAACGCUCAGGCAAACACAUCAUCUAACCGACAAUCCAUAUGCAAAUGCUUGAAGGAUUCUUAUAAAAGUGUCAAAGGAAUCAAAUCUGAUCUUGCUUCUGGAUUGCCCUCUAAAUGCAACGUCAAAACUCCUUCUCCCAUCAGUCUUUCUGUCAAUUGCACCAAUUUGCUCUGAUCAAGUUUGGGUGAUCGUGGUGAUUUCCAGCAUAUAUAUAUAUAUACAUAUAUAUAUAUAUUUAGUAAUAAAUAAUAUUCGAGAAUAAUUAAUAAUGUACGUGGAUAUGUUUAUAUCCACAUGAUCAUGAGAUUAACUAUAUCCUAUCUAAUCUUAAUUGUUAUAAUUUAUGUAAUGCAGUAUACCUAUCUACCUACCUACCUUCAUGUUAUAACAUUUUAUUAUA